AUGCCUCCACCUGAAGGCAUGAUAAAGCUCAAUUGGGAUGCAUCCCUCUCAAAGGAAGAAAAUCGGAUGGGCAUUGGGGUGGUGGCUAGAGAUCAUGUUGGCAGUGUCAGGGCCUCUCUCUGUGCUUCCAGGCCCUACAUGGUGGAUCCGGCAGCUGCAGAGGCGAUGGCGCUCUGGUAUGCCACAGUAGUCAUUCACCCGUUAUGUUUGCAGAAAGUCAUAUUGGAGGGGGAUGCUUUGGAAGUGGUUAAUAAUAUGAAGAGGGACGGGCUGUGGAAUGUGAGCUAUGGAUUAGUGCUGGAAGAUGCUAAAAAUAAUAUUUGCUUUGGGGUGGACUGGCAGGUGAUGCAUGUGAGUUGCACAGCCAAUGGUGUGGCGCAUAAGUUAGCGAAAUUAGCAGUUGCGAUAAAUGAUGAACAAACUUUGGGUUGGGGGUUACCACCCUUGUAUCCACGACAGUGUAAUGGCUGA